AUGGUAUCUGCAAUCACCAUCCUCUUCCUCAGAUGUGAAUUUCUCAAACCCACCAUCUCAGUGAGCCCCAGCAGGGUGGUGGUGCUCGGGGGAAGCGUCACCAUCCGCUGUGAGGGUCGGCAACGAUCCAUGAAGUUCUUUCUGCGUAAAGCUGGACACCCGAACCUGCAGGUGCAGUCGGUGCUUGAUGGGACCGUGGCUGAAUUUCCCAUCGCCAGUGUCAGCCGGGAAGAUGGAGGGAGCUACACCUGCGACUAUCGCUCAAUAACGGAUCAGAGUCGCUGGUCGUAUCCCAGCGACCCCGUCGAGAUCAUUGUAGCAGAGCCCAGCUACCCCAAACCCAACAGCACCCUGACAGACGCUUGUUCUAUUCCCGCUGGGGUAUCAGACCUGACGCAGCCUGGAGCAGCGCCAGCUACCACCCAACUGUGCAGAGCAGUGCCAGAUUACACCCGGGGCAACAUUGUCCGCCUGGCCCUGGGUGCCGGGGUCCUGCUGGCCCUGGUGCUGAUUCUGGCCGAGGCUGCCCACGGAUGGAGGAGGGGCGGACACUAG